UAUUUUCAGAUGCCUAUAGAAUCCUUUAAUUAUUGUUUCAGUGAUCUUAUGAUUGAAAUUCCCAAAAUCUAAAACCUUUUGAUUAAUGAAAUCCUUGACAUUGACGUGUUCAGUAAUUGUAUUGGAUAAUUUUUUUAUCGAAUACUUCAUUGUUAUAUCGUAAUGUCUGAUGGUCCAUGCGCUAGGAAAUAUCAAAACCCCAUACCAUCCUUGAGAAGUUGUUGCGACUUAGGAGUCACCCUAACUGUAGAAAAAUUCAGUUAUUACAGACUAGAUCCCACUAGCAAAGUAGCCAAACCAGUUAAAAAGUUCAAAUGGGUGAACAAGAACGGAAUGGUAGUAGAAGCAAUCAACUACGGCGCUACCAUUAUAUCCAUUGUUGUUCCCGAUAAGACAGGACGUUUUAGAGAUGUUGUAUUAGGUUCUGAUCUUAUGGAGGAUUAUUUAAAUUCUGCUAAUCCAUACUAUGGAGCUACGAUCGGAAGAGCAUGCAACAGGAUUGGUCAUGGAAUAAUGGUGAUUGACGGAAAAAGCUUUGAAUUAUCCAAAAACACUCCACCACAUACGCUUCACGGCGGCUUCAAAGGCUUUGAUAAGAUUUUAUGGAGCGCUUGUAAGGAUGAUAAAAAAAUCACCAUGAGUUACCACUCCAAAGAUGGCGAAGAAGGAUUUCCAGGAGGAUUGAAUGUCAAUAUUGUAAUGUACCUAACCGAUGGCAAUGAAUUCGUAAUGGAAUAUAGAGCCUUCACAACGAAACCCACGUACGUCAAUAUCACAAACCACACCUACUUCAAUUUAGCUGGACAUGCGACAGGAACAGAUCGACUCUAUCAGCAUAAAGUCUGCAUAAACGCAGAAUAUAUCACCCAUUUAGAUAAACAAAUGAUUCCUACAGGUAAACUGAUACCAGUAGGUGGAACACCUUUUGAUUUUCGAAUACCCAAAACACUCAAGGAGAAAAUUGGAACGGAGAUGGUACAUGGUUUCGACCACAAUUUUUGUGUGACAACAUCUGAAUACCAGAAAAAUAGUUUUGUGGCUAGGGUGGUGCAUCCCCCUACUGGAAGGGUAUUGGAGGUAUACUCCAACCAACCUGGAGUUCAGUUUUAUACUGCUAAUCACUUUCCUGAAAAAACUGGAGAUGCCCUUCAAGAUAGAGACAACGGCAUAUCAGGGAAAAGAGAUUGCAGAUACUUUAGGCAUGGUGGAUUUACGCUAGAAACUCAAAACUAUCCCGACGCUGUCAAUCAUCCAGAUUUUCCUCCUGCUGUAUUGUAUCCAGGAAAUGUUUACGUUCACUCUUUGAGGUAUUUAUUUUCAGUACAAUCUGAUGAUAACUUUGUAGCCCUUAGAACUUCACCCCUCAUUUCUAAAACUUAAAUUAGCAAUAAAGUGAUUUUUUAUAUGUC